GUAAAGGUCCAGGUGGGCUUCUGAGCUGGGGCAGCGGCCGCUCGGAGCAGCAGGCUGCCCGGGCACUUCCCCGAGGGUUCCGCGGGGGAGCGGUGGCGAGCGGCACAAACUCUCCGUUCGGCUCGCCUGCCCCGGCCGUGCGCCUGUGAGGGCGGCAGGAGCCAUGGCCGGGGUGCUGCCCCGGGCACUGCCCGCCUCCCUCGGGCGGGGCUGCCUGGGCCGCUGGCUGCUCGCCCCUCGCGGGUGGGCGCUCCUGGGCACCGGCACCGCCACCGGGUCCUGCUCCUGCCUCAGGUGGCGGCACCAGCCCCCGCUGCUGCUCAGGGCCGCCCGUCAGAGCAUCGGGACGCAGACGGGAGGGCUGAAAGCUGCAAAACCUGGCGGUGAUAGCAAAGAUGUGUCCGUGCAAAGGGCGCUGAACGAGGAAACGCUGGUGUCGGCGGCACAGAAAGUGAAAGAAGCUGGAAGAGACUUUACCUAUUUUAUUGUGGUGCUUGUUGGAAUUGGUGUUACAGGUGGUUUGUUCUACGUCAUUUUUAAAGAGCUAUUCUCUUCUUCUAGUCCAAAUAAGAUCUAUGGAGAUGCCUUGGAGAAAUGCAGAUCUCACCCCGAGGUAAUUGCUGUUUUUGGUGACUCAGUCAAAGGUUAUGGAGAGGCAACAAGAAGAGGCAGACGACAGCAUGUCAGUCACAUUGAAUACGUAAAGGAUGGACUGAAACAUCUGCGUUUGAAGUUUUAUAUUGAGGGCACUGAAUCGGGGAAACAGGGAACAGUCCAUGUGGAAGUCAAAGAGAAUCUUGAAACAGGAAGAUUUGAGGUUCGCUACAUUUUUGUGGAUGUUGAGACCUAUCCGAGAAGAACCAUUGUCAUAGAGGACAACAGAUAGCCGAUGAUGAAAGCUGCUGCCUUAUCUCACAUUGGAUAAUGUUGUUGCAGACAGUCUACACAAGAAUUGUGUGGUGUUGCCAAUUGUGUCUUGCAGCUUCAGGGCUGUGUUACCGGAAGUAGCCUCUCAGGGCCUCCACUAAGGACUUUUGAUAAUAACAGAUACAGGAUUUAAAGUGAAACCAAUGAAAUAUAGCAGAACUAUCAUGGCAGAUAUUCUUGACAUGGGAAAAUAAUGCCUCCUAAUAAACAGUUUAAUCAUGGGCAAUAGUUCUGCACACCCAAUGCCCAGAUUUUCCAAGGUUUUGGGUUUGGAUGAGGAGUUUUUUGUCUUUCUUGGUUUGGAUUUCGCACUACCAUUGCAUAAAGAAAGGGGUAGUUUAACUGUAGACAGAACUCUACUGUUUUCAUUUUGGAUACAUUUGUAGGUAAGAAGGUAAAAUAAGAAUGUUAGUUAUGCAAAAGAGCAUGUAAAGGUAGGAAUGGUGGAGGCACACACCCAUGACAGACAACUAAAGAUAAAGACUUGAAUAUUGGUGUCUUCUAAAUAAAUUACCAGCAAACAGAAUACCACUGCCAUCUGCUCAUUCCAGUGUUUGCCAUGCUGCUCUGCAUGGUUGUCACAAGGUGGGGAUUGGCCUUUUCUCCCAGGCAGCUACUGACAGAACAAGAGGACAUGGCCUCAAGCUGUGUCAGGGGGGAUUUGGGUUGGACAUACCUUCAAAAUGUUUUGAAAACCACAAUAUUCCAUUUAAACUUCUCUCUUUCCACCUUGUCUGCAUCUACAUGUUAUAAACACACAUGAGGUGUUCGUCAGGGUAUGUCUUUCGUCUGUAAAGUGCUCAGCAUUAUUUUCUUUUGCUGUCUGCAUCAACUUGCUAGCUAAGCAGAUUUACCAGGGUGCUUCUGUAUAUUUCAUGAGUGGGGGACACAGCUGCGAAGGACAUCACUUCUCCUGUGUUGUGAAAAAGCUGAGAAUAUGCUUGAUAAAAUGAAGACAAAAAAGUAGCAGAAGAAAUCCACUUUUAUCUGACCUUAGAUGUAUUAGUGUUGUUAAUUUGAACAAAUGAGAAAUACAAGGCUCAAAUGCUUUCCAAUCUCACUGGAGGAAAGCUUUUUGGAAUCCUUUUUUCUCUGAACACCUCUUCAAUGAAGAAAAAAAACCCUAUGGCUUGAUUUAUCAACUUUGCAGUAGCUAGAUACCUAUCACCUAGCAAGAUUAUUUGAGUCCCUUGAAACUUCAGGAGUCUUAAAGCUUUAUAGGAAUAUAGGUUGUCUGCAGAAAAAAAAAUGCUAAACAUAUUUUGCUAACAGAAGUCUUAUGGGAGCUGAUUAUUUCUUUCCAUAUUCUUCCUGAGGCUGAAGUUCUCAUGGUCUUUAUGGACCAGGCUGGUACCCAUGCUUAGAAAAUUUUCAUAAAUUCUGUUUCAUGCAAACAUAUAUGGAGGCACCUUAAUCAAAAUUAGGUGAAGAUUAGUUGAAAAACAUCUGGAAUAGAGAACAUUGGUCUCUUGUGAAGUAUUACUUGUGAAGUAGUUUGCACUGGAGGGGAACAUCUGCAUUUACUGAGUUUAAACAUAAUGUUUUAGAAUACCCCUUUUGUAAUUCUGAAGAGUGUUAGCCUCAAUUUUCCUUAUGAGGCUGCCCCUCCUUCGUUGGAUCAUUGCACUGCCAGUAAGUCACGCAGAGAUCCUUCUCCAUGGCAAGGAGCUCAGGGUUCCAUCCUCUCAUUGCAGGAUGUUAUGCUGGGGAGACUGCAAAAUACUGAAGGGUUCACCUUUGGUUGUCAGUAAACACAAGAAGUAACCAUUUCACGGUUUCCAUUUUAAAGCUUUUGCUUCUUUUUCUCUUGGGAAAAGACAAAAUUACAGCAUAUUGGCAGUUACUUUUUGAAGUAAAAGUGCCAUGUUAUUGUUACUACAACAUUGGGGAAAAAAAUCAUUGAUAGCAAGUCAGAGCCAAAGGAAUAACAUUUUCAGAGAAAUUAAACACAUUUUCCAAAAUUCAGUUUUGAUUGUUGCAGAAUUAAUAAAUAUAUAUAUUCUCAAAACCCCUCUCUCCUUUAGGAAAUGAAAAUACAUCAUUCACCAGUGAAAGGUUGUUUUUCCAGAAGCACUGUGUGGCAGGCUGUUCAAAACGUGUUUUACAUAGGUGUACAACUUGGUCUUAACUUUCCCAUCUCUACAUUCAUUUAGUGGAUGCCAAAACCUGUGGAUGCAGCAUAGGCAGCCAUUAUCCUUAGAGGUGGUUUGUGGGAAUAAUGUUCCUGUGUCAUCUCUAUGAGCUGUGUUUGAUUCUAGGUCCUGUGUAUACUUGCUAUAUAGUGACAAAAAGAAAUAUCCCUCCAGGAAAUUAACUCCGCAGAAACUUUAAAAUAUAUAUAAAAAAAAAUAAUAAUAAAAAAAAUUAGUCUUUCAAUAAUCUUCAAUAAACAGAAGCUCUUGCAAAGAAAAAGUAGUUGUAGACUGGGAAGCAAAGGUGUUGUUGUGCAUGUCUGAGUUUAAAAAUAAUUAUGAUAUCUAAAUAUUUCCUGCACUGAAUUCAAGAUAAAUGCAUGUCUGAUACAAGAAACUUCAGCAAACUCACUUAACAAGCAGAGAAGACAGGAAUGUGAGUAAGACAAUUACUGUAUCACAUGCCAGCUGCAGAGAUGAAAACCCAAAGAAAAUGUGCUGGGAGUUUCCACAAGUAAUUUCAGUUCACUUUGCUCUCAGUCUCAUUCACUAUCACAACAGAUGCUAUCCACCCUAAUACUUACGGGAUUAUUCCAAUAUGUAUAUUGUCAGCAACCUAAUGUGUUGCAGAUUAUGCUCAAAAAACACUGAGGAUACACUUUGAGUCCAAGCCCACUUUUAGGGUUAACUGCAGCUUGUAAACUGACAGAAAUACAUAAGGCAAGCACAGAGGCUGGGGAGAAAAUUUAAAGGAAAAAAGGUUUGAAGGGGCAAGCUUAAAGGUGACAGUAAGGGUUCUUAACUGGUCUCUGUAUAUGGGGUUCUGAAGUCUGCUUGAAGAUCUGGAAUACAGUUGGCACUGGAAAAACAAAAACUUGAAAGCAAAAGAUCUCCCUCUUUUUUUUUUUUUGAGAAGGGAAAAGAGGCUUGGUCCCUAGUGAGGCAUUCACUUGCUCCAAAUAGGGAAUAAUAGAACUCCAGUAGAAAUUUUCCUUAAGCAUCUGGGAAUGUAUAUCGUUACAAUAUACAGUGGUUCCAAACAGUACUAUAAAUAAUUGAACAGAAGUAUUUGAUAGUAAAUUCUGAGGGUGUUUUAUUCUGUAUGUGUUAUGUAAAAUAAUCCAUAGGAAUUAUAGAGAAA